AAAUUCCAGGCCACCUAUCAGUUUGAUAUCAACCAAAUCGUGUUCACAGAAAGACAAUGAAUGAAUAAAAUGAGUCUGGAAGGUGCCAAUUGCAGGCUUUGUUUAGAGGUGAUCAGCCUAACACAUGCCUGGUGCUUUGAUCCUUACACCACUGUUCUCAGAAGCUUUGGGGUAAACAUUGGUCCACUACAAAGAGGAUUUUUUAAAUCGUCUUGCAUGGUCUAUCAAUUAUUAUUAUAUACACAAACAAACCAAUAUAUAUUAGGGUCAAAUUCAAAAGCUAAUCUGUAGUGUAUUACUCAAUCGUUUAAAGGUCUAUUUUGGUGCGGAGUUGUUGCGAUUGUUUCGUUUCUUUAUUUAUGCAAGUUUACGAAUUUGAGCCUGGAAACUACAAUGAUUCAGUCAUUACGUAUUUAAUUUAGUACAAUUGAAUGUACAUGUAUUACAUGUAACCAAGCUGUGUAAUAUAAUUAGCUGUUGGGAUCUAAAUUUUACUGGAAACACUUGGGGACAAAGUGGAAAGAUAUUUAUAUAGGAAUUACCAAGUACAUGUAUAAUAUAUGUGUGUUUGAACGGAAUUUGAGAGAUGAUUUAAAUUGAUGACUUAUGUAAAUCAUGAAGAAGCCAAUCAGUCCAGGUAACACCAAGAAGUUCUUGUACACGGGGGCCAAGAAGGAUGACCCCGGGGAGGAUCAGUGGAUAUUUUCCCCUCGCAAGGAGACCAACCCUGUCUCUGGUUCCAAGUUUGAUAUGGAUGAUGUCUGGAGUAUAAAGAAGAAUGUGUCGGCUAGUGGGGGCCUGAUGAAUCCGAGUGAUGGCCUGAACCUUAAGGCAAACUCCACGUACUACUCCAGAUACGGGGGCAUUAAAGAUAAGAAUGACUCCAGAUUUGGAACACCCAGUUCUAACAAGAGCAGCAAUGCUCAGGGUACUUCAUCCACCUGGAAUUCCAACUACACAUCUAAAGGUUUCAGCUACGGCAUGAACAGUAAAGACCCGACCCCUCAGCCCACACCCCGCACCGGACGAAACAAUAACGCUACAUUCAACGACUCAUCCCUAUGGUGACAAAAAUAUGCUGACAAAGGGGGAUGCAACUCCUGUCAACUCGCAUUUAACAUAAUUGAAAAAGUGCUGAAAAAAAAUUUGUUUCAAAUUUUUUAUUUAUAAAAAUCGAAUAUUUUAAUUAAUCUUUUUUUAGGUGGGUUGGGAAUGUUUGGGUAACGGAAAAUUUUAUUUUUGAAAUUCAUCCACAGAAUUGAAGAGAAAAUAUUUUUCCAUCAAAAUUGGAAAAUGUAAAAUUUCAUUGCUAACUCUUAUUUGUCUCGCAAUGGAAUAUAUAUGAACACAUUCAUGAAUAUGCAUAAUUAUCAGAGUUUUAUUUUUCGUUCCUCUUUUUAAUAUGACAACAUUAAGAGCUCAAUAGAGAGACCUCAAAGUUUUUUUGUAAAUGGGAUGGAAUUUCCUUGCACACUUUUUUUCUAACUGAGAGAUGAAUAAUCAGGUUUAGAUUGUUCAUAUGAAAUACAUGUACUGUUCAUGGAAGUUGUCACAUUGUAAGUUUCUUUAACUGGUUCAAUCUAAAAGUCAUCUUUGCCGCAAUUUGUUCAUGUAACAGUGCUGAAGCUAUGUUCAUGAAAUACAGUGACCUUUUUUUGAAAGAUGAUGAAAAGAUGAUGUAGAUGAUCUGCUUAUAAAUAAUUUGAAUUUUUUUCACAUUUAAUAAUGAAAAUUAAUCCAAAGGACUAUAUAUGAUAAGGGCCUAAAAUGGCCCCCUAAAAUGAACAUUAUCAUUUUACUAUCAUUCUUUGUUUUCUUAGUACAGAUAUGUAUGUGAUGUGUUUACAUAAUAUUCAUUUUGGUUCAAGUGCCCACAAUUUAGAAAUAUGACAUUGUAAAGACAACCUUUUCCCGCCAUUUUUGCAUUUUUAGCGUAAAUCAGCUUGUUUUCAAUCAGUUUUUCCUUCCGAAAACAUAGAGCGCAUUCUUGAACAAAUAAAAUAUUUUAAUCAGAGAUGUAUCUAGCCAAGACUAAUAAGUGACAAAAAAAUUUUCCUUGUUCAAGCAUGCGCUCUAUAUUUCCCAUUCGUAAAUAGAUAAGAAAAAUGUCAAUUUUUGGCUGAUUUUGAUUGAAUUAUAGCAAUGGCGUCACUUCUGACGUCAUAUACUGCCAGUGGGUGCAAGUAAAUCAAAUAAAUAGAUGAAAAAUAUAUUUUAUAUCAAAUCUUCUAAAAAAUCAGUUAACAUUUUAUUGUACCCGAAACACUUAAAAAAUGGCGAAUUAUGGGGGCCAAAUUUAACUCUUAUCAUAUAUAGUUCUUUGUUAAGAACCAACAUGCAAUGAUAUGUAAUUUAGGUUUUUGAUAUUUUGGGCACCGUUGUAUUCUGCCAUGCUUUAAAUUGACUAGAAUACCAGUCAUAUAAAGGAUUUAUAUGUGAAUGAAAUGCAUUACAGUACAUGUACUGCUAGCAUUUGGUUCAUUGAUGAUGAGUAUUGGUGAUUUGAUAACUUGUAAAUAUGUAUGUGGUCAUGUGACCAAAACAACGAAAAAUUUAAACUUACCAUGGCUAUAAUUAUUACAAUCCAAUGUAUAAUAUCAUUGAUUAUUACAGUCCUAUGUGUUAUGGCAUUUGUAUUACAGUUCAAUCUGUAAUAACACUGAUUAUUACAGUCUUGUGAGUAAUAACAUUGGUUAUUACAGUCAGAUAUGUAAUAACAUUGAUUAUUACAGACUGAUAUGUAUUACAAUUGAAUAAUACAGUCAAGUUUGUAAUGACAUUGAUUAUUACAUACUGAUUUGUAAUCAGAUUGUAUAUUACAGUCCAGUGUGUAAUAGCAUUGAUUGUUUCAUUGUAUAACUUCACCAGUAUGUGCCUUGAUACUGAAGUUCAUUUUUUUUUCUUGAUCAUGUAUAUGAUAUGGCAGAUAUGUUGGAGGAUUUGAGAAUUUGAUUAACAAAGCAUGAAAAUCUAGACAGUGCCAAAUGAUUGCUCUUGUUAAUGGUUGAAUAAUUAUAGUGGUUGUGUUUUAAUUAUUUUUUUUUUAUAGUACACUAUUUUAUAUAUUUAGAAAAAAACUAUGUUUAAUAAACUAGAUGUAUUUCAGUAAGAUUACAUGCCAGAAAUAACCUUGGUAUUUUUUAAAGCAGUUUAUAUUUUCUAGAUAAAGACCAUGCAUGCCUUCAACUUUUUCUUCAUACUGAUCUGCAAGAAGUGUUUUUAAAAUGAUUAUAUCACUAUUACAUGUAUUA